AGCAUGACAUGAUCGAUCCCUUUUCUUCGAGUCCGUAUAUUUGUGCAUUUUUCCCCUCCUCGGUUUCUCCCUGCCGAUCGAUGAUACCGAAUCGAUGAUACCGAAACUGGAAGCAAAAAUGUUUUUCGCUUUUGUCGAGCGAGGAUUCAGAUCUUUUGUUUGUCUGCUUAGAAGACACCGAUAUUCUCUAGUCGAUCUAUUUUGCACAGACAUUAGCUUUUGAGUGAAAUAGGUGCUAGAAUCUUUGUUGUUGUUUUUUCUUUCUAGACCACCUUGCUCUCCAGUGAAUCGUUGUUUUCCUUAGAAGUGAUAGAGUGACCUUCUGCAGCUGUGAGAAGAAUGUUCCGCAGCUUCCGAAGGUUUGCCUUCGUUCCGGCGACAAUAGAGGCGGCCGGUGCAAGACCGAGGUGGGACGAGCUCUCCGCUCGCGCAAACAUUCUAAGAAGUCCUCUUUAGCACGACGCCUCCGAGUGCAAAGGACACUGGGAGCAAGGUAGUAGCUGGCGAUGCCGUGGGAGUCCUAAUCUUCGUCUUGCAAAAGCAAAUCUUCAUCUUCUAGGUCUUAGCACGACGACGUAAACGGCAAAUAAAUGGUGUUGUUCAAGGAUAUGCUUCCGGGUACCCGCGUCUUCGUGGACUACUUCGGAGCUAUUAAGAAAGCCAACACGCUGAUGGAAGAUGUGAGUAGCUACGACCGUGACAGCAGUUCCAUCAACGCAGCAGAAAAGGUGCGGAGCGUUGGGCCGACUGCUCAAGCUGCAAUCGCAUGCAGCAAGACAAAGGAUAGCAAGAAGGCUCCUCCAGCAUUGACACGCACCCAGCUAGAAGCACUCGCGCCAGUGCAUUUCCUGUCACACUUUCAUUCGGAUCAUUAUUUGGGCAUGGAGAAGAACUGGGAGAGCCCCAUGGUGGAGUUUCGUGAUGUCGUGAAGAUUUACUCCACACCGGUAUCAGCGCGAUUGUUGGAAAUGCUGUUUCAGAUUCGUCGGGGCAUCGUCCAAGCACGCGAGGUGCAUAGGCCGUUCUUCGAUCUGCCGGCUAAGCGGUACGUUUGCUGCUUGGUGGACGCGAAUCACUGUCCUGGGAGUUCCAUUGUGCUUAUUCAGGUGCUGAAAACCGGCCGCCGUUACAUGAACACUGGCGAUUUCCGCUUUUACGAGAGUGUUGGCGAUCGGAUAAACGAAAUGUGGGAGCAGAUGGAGCGACUAGCGGCUGCAGAGACGAAGGCGCCAGAGCGUCCGCUCACAACUGACGUCGAAAGAGCUGUAGGUGCAGCAGCAGGAGCAACAGAGAGAAAGCCAAUGGAAGGAGGGGUAAUAGAAGGGAUUGGAUCCGAGAAAGCUUGCGUUGGGAGUGCUGCUGGAACUACAAGCACAACACUAAAGAAGGUCGAGAUAUGCUUCAUGGACUUUUCGUGGGCCGAUGAAAGUUUCGAUCUUCUGCCUGACAAACCGACGUCGAUCGCGCGCUAUGUUGCGCUGGUUGAAAAGCUCUAUGUGGAGCACCAGAGUGCGACGGAGCCGACACUGAGUAUGAAGAUUUUUCUGCAUAGCUAUGGUUUGGGCGACGAGGAGCUUCUGCUAGCUGCGUUUGCAAAGUUUCCGAACGAAAAAUUUGUUUUUGUCGACGAUCAGCGGUUCUUGGAGCUUAGAGCUUGUGGAUUCUUGCAGGACCGUUCCGCAGCGCGCGAGCAGUGCGUAUUGUACUCGAAGGGGUUGCCGAGUUUGCCUAAUUUGAGAUUUUUCGUAGUGAAAAGUGGCCCGCAGCGAAAGAUGGUGAUGCGCGACGUGGAAGACCGUGUGCGCAAUGAUGCUGCAAAAGCGACCCACCCAGUUUCGUUAUCAAGAGCAUAUUCAAGAGUCGGAGGAAGGUCCGCGCCCGCUUCGAGGACAAACAAUGCAGCUAGUAGCGUUAGGAUGAACGGCGUAGGGGGAACGAAAGCCGUGGAAGAGGUGGAACUGCAGGACAAGUUCGUCGAAAUUAGCUGUACGACAAUGUGGUGGUGCUACAAUAAGCACUUGCUCCUGCAGCAGGGCGCGGGAGCGGACGUUUGCCCGGUAAUUCGCGACGAGCAGGGUAUUUAUCGGGUGCUAUGGGCGAUGCACAGUCCGCUUCGCGAAUUACGUCAAUUCGUUGCUUUGGUGCGACCACGGUUUCUGAAACCAGUCUGCGCGGUGAUCCAAGCAGGACAUUACGAAGUGACAGAAGUCGACAAGCAUAAGGCGAACCAGUGCUUUGCUGGACUCUUCGGCAAUAGCAUCAUCGUCUCAGAUAACGGCGAGAGCUGUGACGAUCUCGACGCAAGUUGCCUGGCCGCGAUUCUCGACGGUGCAAACCCUAAUAUUGAACCGGUGGCAAAAGGCAAAAACGCUUCUGCGCGUGAGGGUGGUGAGGGCGAACCUGCGGUCGGAGAUUCCCGCGACCUUGAUGUGGUUGCUCUACCUGGUGGGCAGAAGCGACUGUCGAACCAAGCUGCGGAGGAUAAAGCCGCGCCGAAGACCCCCGGGCCGAGUGCCGCUACGAAAAAAGCAGCUGUUGAUGGUGAUGACGCGAAUACACCACAGAAGGCUUCCGGAAACAAGGAAGACGCUAAAACUUCGAUGGCAUCGUCGGGCGAAGUCGCAAGGAAAAAGCGGCGCAAAGUGUUGCGUGCUACAAAUAAAAAUGUAGUGCAGGUGCACGACGCAUUUCUGGAAGACUUGGCUGGGGUGGACUUCUCGCCAUUAGCCGAACGGCAGCAUGCAAACGACGUCUUUCAUCGUGGCGGGAAGAACACGUUUGCAGCCUUGAGCAGGAAACGGACAACUCCGAUGCGCCGGAAGUCGACAAAGUCGUCAGAAAAGAAAAGCGCCAAAGACUCUCCUGGCGUACGAAAACGUGCAAAGACUGACAAAACUUCUACUUCACAUGCUGACGAUACGGACAAAGUCAAAGCUGGUGAGGCGGACGUGGGGGAGAAAAGCGCUCAACCACGACACGGGAAGAUCGAUCCUGCUCUUGCUCCAGUCGGCCCUGUAAAGAACGCUGCCUCAAUUGCUGACUUGCGAGCCCGCGCAGACGCGCAAGGCACCACGAAACGGGGUCGCACUCUGUUCACAAAUUUCUUCAAGGAGCAGCGCAAUUAUGCCGCUCCCCAAGAACUGGCAGUGGCGGGAGUAGAUGGCGCAGGUGUACCAAAUGCUGCGGGGAAUAGGAGUUCAUUUUCGUCUUCAUCGAGUUCUAGUGCCGCCAACAAUGCAAGUCGGUUCCACAAUGGCAACCGGUAUAAUCCGAACCUGCAGGGUGAUCAAAACCUCGUAAUCGAUGCGGCUGCCAAUAGGACAGCGCUGGCAGUUGUGAAUGAAACCUACUACAAGCGUCGCAAGUUCAAAUAUGCAUCUGACGUGCCCCUGUCGAUCGCGGAAGCACGUGCAUCCGAGUACAAGGCUAAAUUGCGCGGCCAGGGCUUCACGGACGCGGAAAUCGAAUGCAAAAUGACUGUGGCCAUCGGUGUGGAUGAUCUGCAGAGUACAACGACAAUCACACAGAAGAAGAUCAGCAGUACUAAAGCCAAAGAUACUUCGACACACGUAGGUGCGAACCUCAACACAUCGUCACUUGAUACGGAUAAAUCGGACCUGCUGAUUAUGCGUACGAAUGGGAGGAUCUCGUCAGAUAACUCUCCACCAGAAGGCUUGUUGUCGGGUGGCGGAGACGUGUCGGCUGACUCGUUGUCGAAGAACAUGCUUCUACAGAUUGCCGAAGACGCACGGCAGGCCUUUGCGAGCUCUUUUCCAAACAUAGGAAAGCAAGAUGAGGCAGGUGCUCUUGAAGUACGAAAGGUAGUUCUUGUUGACAACAGAAAAGCAAUUGUCAGUCACGAUCGGAAGGUAAAAGGCCGGCGGAAUUCUGCAGAUGCUUUGGGCACUCGUGGGGUGGCAGUGGAUGCGGGACCAAGAAAAGUAGAUCCACAUAAAGAUGAGGUCGAACUCUGUCCAGCGAGUUUAGAAGAUGUGAGGCCGGCGGCGGAACGCCUCAAGCCAGAAAUGCAAUUGGGCGGGAAACAAGCUACAGCAGGUGACAGCGGCGUUUUAGAAACCAAAUCUGGAGAGCAGGAUGAUGACGACGAUAUCAUGAUCAUUACCACAAGUCAAGAACGUACACGCUUGUUGACGGAGACCCUGGAGGAUGACUCACUCUCGAAGGAUGGGGUUAGAAAGCCAGGUUUGAGGGAGCAUGACACUGCGGCAGAUGUGAACCAGCGACAUGACAUCGCUGAUUCGGGAAAGCGGAAUCGGGCAAUGGCAAUCGACGAUGAAAAAACGUACGCCGUACAACGAAAACUAGAUUCCGAGGAUAGGAACGCGGUAGCUGCAGCUACGUCGCUCAACAAGUGUCGUGGGCCACCAGCACCAAUUGAUUUAUCUACCGGGAACAAAUUGCAGGUGGCAAAGACGCGCGGAGCCGAUAGUUUGCCAGAGCCAUUCGUCGAGCCCGAAGAGCCUUCGAAAGAAGACAAGAAGAGAGACGAACCGCGCAUGAAGGAUGAGGCAGUGGCAGCACCGAUAAAAGAUUCGGAUUGUGUGGUCCUGCCUACCGAACCUCCCACCGCUUCCACGGAACACAAGCGUAGCCUUGUGACCACAACGCAUCAAGCGAAUAGGAAGUUACCAUUUUUGGCCGCCGAUGGAGCGGCACUAAGCAGUAUGAAGGACUCGAAGGCAGUGCGACGGCUAGAAAACAAGAGAGCAGGAGAAGGAGGAGGAGAAAAGACGAAGAAGCAAGAGAACCGACUGAGUGAAUCGACCUCACCAGCUACUAGGUUUCCGCCUGAACAUCAAGUUCCCGAGCGGCAAAUCUCUCGAUCAUUGGAUAAAACAAAAACAACUGUGAUGAGAGCUGGCGUAUCUACUGCUGCGGCGCCUUCUAGUUCUACUAAUGCCAUCGCACGGACAUUGUUUGAGCAGGGCGAAAAGACGUCCGGCACCCGCUUGUCUGUACCAAUACCGCGAGGAAUUAACACUACAGGGGAAAGUGGCCAAAAGGAAGGUGAUUCGCCUCCGAGUGUGCAGAUGUGUCCGGAUACUGAUUCUCAAGAUGCCAGCGGCAGAUCGCGAGCCAGCUCUACGUUUUCCGCGGUAUCUCCAGGUAACCUGCUAUUUGGGCCACCCAGUGAAAUUUCGGAGUCCCAGCAACAUCUGUCGCAGCGUGGCACCGAGAAAAUAACUUCUCAUUAUGCAGCGGGGCGAACGUUCUCAAAUACUGAGGUCAAUCAUCACGUCGAUCACCUGGUUGACAAUCCGCAUUCCUUAAAAACGAAACUUAACGAUGCUCGUUCAGACGAAGUCGAAACGGGGACUACUAGACGAAGGAUGGCGAAUGAUUACGAAAAUGGCACUCGUUUUAAUGCUUCCUCCUCCAAUACCGGAUUUGAUCCCAAGAAAUUCUUGCAACAAAAUACAACACCUGAAACGACUACGAUUGAAGAUAAGUCUAGAUCCACUUCUUUUCUGACGAUCCCCAGGCAUAAUGCACAGAGUAGCGCACCAGUCAAUCGACUGCCAGGCUAUAUUGCGAAAUAGACUUGACAAUCAUGGACAGACACUUUCCACUUAGGCUCCACGGAGACAUCUUCCGGAUCCACCCGGAUCAAAUUGCUGAAUGGGAGCAUUCUGCUCGUAUCACUGAAUGUGACUUUCAUUCCACGACUGUGCCCAAACAUGUGGGUCCUGUUCUGGCUGUCGCCAUUGAUCAUCAC